AUGGAUCCACUGAUAGACGGGAACUACACUGCAGUGACAGAGUUCAUUUUAUUGGGCUUGACAGAUGAUCCUAUACUUCGUGGCAUCCUCUUCAUAAUCAUCCUGUGCAUCUACAUGGUGACCUUAUCUGGUAAUCUCAGCACAAUCAUUCUUAUCAGACUCUCCUCUCAGCUCCGCCAUCCCAUGUACUUUUUCUUGAGCCAUUUGGCCUUUGCUGACAUAGGCUAUUCAUCAUCUGUCACACCCAAUAUGCUUGUGAACUUCCUGGUGGAGACAAACACCAUCUCCUACAUUGGAUGUGGCAUCCAGCUCGGCUCAGCUGUGUUCUUUGGGACAGCUGAGGGCUUCCUUCUGGCUGCCAUGGCUUACGAUCGCUUUGUGGCCAUCUGCAACCCACUGCUUUACUCAACCAAAAUGUCCACACAAGUCUGUGCCUGGUUACUGGUAGUGACUUACACAAGUGGUUUUCUGAAUGCUUCUUCUAUCACUCUUUGCUUCUAUUCUUUACUCUUCUGUGGACCAAGUGCAGUAAAUCACUUUUUCUGUGAUUUUGCUCCCUUAGUUGAGCUCUCCUGCUCUGAUGUUAGUCUCCCUGCAGUUUUUCCCUCCUUUUUAGCUGGUUCUUUCAUUGUGGUCACAGCGUUUGUCAUAGCAGUUUCCUACAUCUAUAUCCUGAUCACCAUCCUGAAGAUGCACUCCACUGAGGGGCGCCACAAAGCCUUCUCCACCUGCACCUCCCACCUCACUGCAGUCACUCUGUUCUAUGGGACCAUUACCUUCAUUUAUGUGAUGCCCAAGUCCAGCUACUCCACAGAUCAGAACAAAGUGGUGUCUGUGUUCUACACGGUGGUCAUCCCCAUGCUGAACCCCCUCAUCUACAGUCUGAGGAACAAGGAGAUUAAAGAGGCUUUGAAGAGACAGCUUGGCAGGAAAAUACUUUCAUCAUGA